UUAAUAUUCAUAAGCAGGGCCUGGCUAUUGAAGGAACGUCGAAAUUAAUAUUGAUGAUCCGAGAUCACUCAGGUGUUGAUUCUGCAGCUUCCCGCCGGGUUUGACUUAGUUUGAGUAGUUUAUCACAGUUCAGUUUUAACUCGGUGUGUGAGAGGAAUCGGUUCGGAUGACUCGUGUGUUCGUGAGCGACUCUUCCGUGUCUGACUGAAGCUCAGGAUGAGGAAACUCGUGUUGUGUUUUCUGCUCGUUUCUGUCGCUCGUGUCGCGGCCAAACCGCCGAAUGUCGUGUUCAUUUUGGCGGAUGAUUACGGCUGGAAUGAUGUGGGCUACCACGGCUCUGAGAUCCGGACUCCUCAUCUGGACCGGCUGUCCGAGCGCGGGGUUCGGCUGGAGAAUUACUACGUCCAGCCGCUGUGCACUCCAUCCCGGAACCAGCUGAUGACCGGCCGCUACCAGAUUCACACGGGUCUGCAGCAUCAGAUCAUCUGGCCGUGUCAGCCGUACUGUGUUCCUCUGGACGAGAAGCUGCUGCCGGAGCUCCUCCGGGACGCCGGAUACGACACGCACAUGGUGGGGAAGUGGCAUCUGGGCAUGUUCAAGAAGGACUGUCUGCCCACACGCAGAGGAUUCAGCAGCUUCUUCGGUUACCUGACGGGUUCCGAGGAUUACUUCACUCAUCACAGAUGCAGUUUCAUCACUCCUCUGAACGUGACGCGCUGCGCUCUGGAUCUGCGGGACGGCGAGGACGUGGCUGAUAAUUACACGGGACGAUACUCCACUGAACUCUUCACCCAGAGAGCCACGGACAUCAUCACACGACACACACCUGAGAAACCGUUGUUCCUGUAUGUGGCGCUACAGGCCGUCCACGGCCCCAUGCAGGUUCCCGAGCGCUACGUCGCCCCCUACAGCUUCAUCAAGGACCAGCUGCGCCGCGAGUACGCGGGGAUGGUGUCGGCCAUGGACGAGGCCGUGGGGAACAUCAGUCAAGCUCUGCAGGACACCGGACUCUGGAACAACACCGUCUUCAUUUUCUCAACAGAUAACGGUGGUCAGACGCUGACGGGAGGGAAUAACUGGCCUCUGCGUGGCAGGAAGUGGACGCUGUGGGAAGGCGGGGUCAGGGGCGUGGCCUUCGUGAGCGGACCGCUGAUAGAGCAGCCCGGAGCCGUCAGUCGAGAGCUCGUCCACGUCUCUGAUUGGCUGCCUACGAUUGUGGGUCUGGCCGGGGCGUCGACGAACGGCACCAAACCUCUGGACGGGUUCAACGUGUGGGACGCCAUCAGUCGUGGUAAAGCGUCUCCUCGAGUCGAGCUUCUGCACAACAUCGACCCGCUGUAUGUGGACACCUCUCCAUGUCCUGGCGGCGAGGUGUCGGGAGAGUUUCUGGAGGAGUCUUUGCGCUCGUCAUCGUCUCGGGCCGCCGCUCUCGGGUCUCGCUCGGAGUUCAACAUCUCGGUUCACGCCGCCAUUCGCUACAAGAACUGGAAGCUUCUCACGGGUUACCCGGGUUGUCCUCUGUGGUUUGCGCCCCCUGGUGGCCGUCCGGUGGAGGCGUCUGAGCCGCUGAAGCAGGUGAUGCUGUUUGACAUUGAGAAGGAUCCUGAGGAGCGUGAGGAGGUUUCCCAUCAGCGUCCGGAGGUGGUGUCCUUCCUGCUCAGACGUCUGCAGCAGUACCAGAAACAGGCCAAACCCGUCAUCUUUCCGCCAGAUGACCCGCACUGUGACCCUAAAACCACUGGAGCCUGGGGACCCUGGGAGUGAGGAUGAGGAUGAUGAAGGCUAGGGAUGCAAACAGAACUGAGUUGUUUGUGAAUGAGCAGAAGAACGUCUGUGACGAUUGAUGAGCUGCUGAAGCGUCUGAGACGCUGAUGAACAAUCAUGCAGUUAUGAAUGUUUUUAUCUUCUACUUGAUUUUAUAUUUGUGUGUGUGAUUACAGCCUCCCAUUUAAUGAGAUCAUGAAACAGAGAAUCAAACUGUUCUUGAUAUUUACAGUGUUUUUCUACAAUAAAACAUCCUGCAAGUUACAGAACUCAAAACUACA